GUAGAGCUCCGAACAACCCAUCUCGCAGCCAUGAAGGUCCUGAUCGUGUUGAGCGCCGUCCUGGCCGCUGCCGUCGCCGCCCCCAAGCCCGGCUACCUGGGCGCCGCCCACGGGGUCGUCGCCGCCCACGGCGUCGUCGCCGCCGCCCCCGCUGUGGUCGCCGCCCCAGCAGUGAUCGCCGCCCACGGCGUGCACCCCGGCUACGCCGCGUACGGCCCCGCCCCAGUGGCUGUGGGACCCGGCGGCUACCUGGCCGACACACACGACGUGGCCGCCGCCAGGGCCGCCCACCUGACCGCCGUCGCCCAGACGCAGGCUCGCGACGCCCACAUCAACGGCGCCGCCGCCCACGCCGUCCUCGCCGCCCCCGCUCUGCUCGGAGCGCAUGGACUGGCGUACGGACACGGCCUGGCUUACGGUCACGGUCUGGCUUAUGGACACGGUUAUCAUGGUUGAUGGGUUGCAAGGACACCAGCUGUUACGUUUUUAAUUUGAAUUAUUUAUAAAUAAAAAGUAGCAAUCAACAAAAAA